UACAGUUACUACACUGAUUCGUAGAAGUAAACACACAUCGGGAGCUCUAAAGAAAAGUAUUAGAUCAAAAGUUUACUAUUUUAAAAACAUUUGAAGUUUUCAUUUUUACAAAUUGUUAAAUUUGGCGUGUUAUAAAUUUAUAAAUUUGUAGGACUAUAAAUUUGUAUUUCUACAGUACACGAAACCUCCACUGAGCUACACAGGCAAACAAAUCUUCCACAAUUUGCAACUGCUUUAUCAAGUGAACGUUACUACUUACAUACCACUACUGAGCACGAUUUGUAUUACGAAAUUUAAAGUAAUCCAAUAUUAUCACUACAUCCGGCCAAAAUUUUUUUCCAUUUCCUGUCUGACCAUGAAGGUCAAGAAAUAUUGCUUCGGUUCGAAAGCGCCAGUGUUCGUCAGUCACGUGGCCCAGUAUAACUUUCUGAGGGAAUACCGUCUAUUAUGCGAAGAUACCGAAAUACCCGCGGAGACCCUGAUACGAGAGGCCGUCCAGGCCUGGCAGGCGCUAAGUCUUGACGAGAGGAACUUGUUCGAGGAGACCAAGUAUUUGACGGCCCGAUUUGGCCAAUCCAGCGAUUCGGCUGUAAGAUUAACUAUUGAUUUGCUGUCGGCCCAGCAGACCACUGUGCGACGGAUGCCCAGUUCUCCCAGUAAUCGCAGUCUCCAUAAGAUCUCUAAGAAGUCGAAGAAGAUCGGGAACGGUAAUUGCAUAUCGAACAGGAAGAAAAUGCAACAGAAACUGCGUGCGGCUAGCAAGAUGGACGGAGCUGUGUCUGAAUGUUCAUGGAGCGGGGCAAGCACCUCUAGGAAGUCCUCUGGAACAUGUUCCGACUGAAAAGAAUGACCCCUUUGCUAAUGAAUACUAUGAUGACGAUGAACAGGAAUGGAAAAUAUAAUUACACUACCAUAUAAAAA